GUGGCUCAAAGAGAGCAGCGACCUCGUGGAUAUCUGAGUCUUCACCAGCACAUCGAGAGAGACGGAGAGAGAAGCAGCUGACAGGACGACUCAGGAGAAGUGUGUUCAGGUGUGAGAACAGGACGUCAGGGGAGGAGAGUAUCUGACAGAAUAUAAGUCACCUCACAACACCACAUUCCAUCAGACUUGAAGCUCCUGCUGGAAGUCAGAAGACUCUCACACAACUCUGCUGAUCUACACAACUUCACCAGGUUGGAGAAAUGGCCUCAGAUCACAUGACCGUUGCUGCUCUGGGACGACCUUUCACCCUAGGGAUGCUCUAUGAUGCUCGGAGUGAUAAACUGGUCCCAGGUCCCAGAUUGUGGAAUGAUAAAACACUAGAAGUAAAAACAACUGAAACCCCUCAGCACAGCAGUUCUUUUGAAAUCUCUGCAUCUGACUCCAUUGAAUCCAAGUCCACCAUGAUGGACAUUGAAGCUUCUCUGAAGGCCAGUUUCCUGUGUGGACUGAUAGAAGUUGAAGGAUCUGCCAAAUAUCUGAAUGAUCAGAAGAAAUUCAAGAAUCAGAGCAGAGUGACCUGUCAGUACAAAGCUACCACCAACUUCAAGCAGUUGUCAAUUGAUCAUGUGACCCUGGACACCGAACAGAUGGAGGUUAUUGAGAAGGGCUCAGCGACUCAUGUAGUCACAGGCAUCCUGUAUGGGGCAAAUGCUUUCUUUGUGUUUGACAGUGAGAAGUUAGAAGCCAGCCAGGUUCAGGAGAUAGAGGGCAGCAUGCAAGCUGUGAUAAAGAAGAUUCCUUCUUUUGAUGUUGAGGGGAAAGUUGACAUCAAGCUGACGGCUGCAGAGAAUGACCUGACUGACAAAUUCUCCUGCAAAUUCUACGGAGACUUCAUUCUUAAAAGCAACCCAGCAACCUUUAAAGAUGCAGUGCAUACCUAUGUAGAACUUCCACAGCUACUGGGAACAAAUGGAGAGAAUUCGGUCCCAGUGACGGUCUGGCUGAUGCCGCUGAAGAGUUUUGAUCCCAAAGCUCCUGAGCUGAUGACGGGGAUCAGCAUCGGACUAGUGAGGAAAGCCCAAGAUGUUCUGGAAGAUUUAAAGGAAAUCAGAAUGAGAUGCAAUGAUUCUCUGGGAGACAAAGUGGAAGAGCACUUCCCAAAGAUCCGAAAAGACCUAAGCACUUUCCAAAAACUGUGUGGUUAUUAUGAAUCCAGCCUCCAGCGAGCCAUGACAGAGACAAUUCCCUCCAUCCGAGAAGGAAAGGAAGAUGAGAGCUCACUGGAAGAAGUCUUUGAAGCCAGGCACACGUCACCAUUCAGCCAUGAAAAACUAACCAAGUGGCUGGAUCACAAAGAGAGAGAAAUCAACGUCAUCAGGUAUUGUGUGGAUAUCAUGAAGGGUGUUAAGAUCGUCCCAAACCAGUCUGAACUGGACAGAGAGGUUCUUGGAAACGACGAAGUUCUGUGCUUUGUUUUCACCUCCAUGGAGAGUGCUGACUCCGGCCUUGAAGCGAUGGAUCAAUACCUAAACUCACUAAAAUGCGCGAGCACUGAAGAGGAGCCAUGGUACUACUCAGACGACGUCUUAAUAAAGAUGAGACAAAAAACCCACGAUUUCAUGGGCUUUAUGAGAGCAGAAUAUCCGCCUCUUUCCUUCCUCAUAGCAGCCAUUGAAAAUAAGAAAUUCAAAGGAGCAACCCUCUACUUCUACAGGGACGGCAUUCUGGUGAAUCCAGACCAACAACUAUUCAGUGAUGUGAAGACUGGAGACUUCACAUCCCUCAGUGAGGUGAAGAAGCAUACCGGAAAGUAGAGAUCUAAACUGGUAUGCCUGUGAUCUCACACUGGAAGGAAACACUGCAGGCAACUUUCUUUUGGUCCAUAUAGUUUUCUUUCGGCUGUUAAUCAUUUUCUAAAGAGACUUUAUUUAGAUGUUUCUGUUAUGAUCAGGGUUAGUCUUCCUUCUGAUGCUUGCAACACAUUUAGGGUAUAUAUGUGCUGACCUCUAACACCAAAUAAAUGACCCUAUUAACCCAUAUUAACCUGCAAAUUGCAAAAGGUGUUCCACAGGGCUCUAUCCUGGGGCCCUUUCUGUUUAAUCCUUGUGAAGAUGAUACUAAGUGACUGUUCUCUAUGCUGAUGACUCUGUUGUGUCCUGUUAUGUGGAUGCUGUUACAAUUCUUCAGCACUUCCUUACUGAUUGUGAAGUUUCUCUCAAUAACUACAAGUUAGUUCGUAGGGCAGAUCCAUUGAAAAUCAUGUUCUUAAUCACAGCCAGUAUAUGAAUAAUGGUAGUCUCAUCACUCCUGAGACAAAUAAUAAAAGCAUCUUGUUUUUUGAUUUGGAAAGCAAAGUAAUUUUCUAAAUACAAUUUGACUUUCUUCUUGAGGAUCUUGAGGAAACUCUAAUCCAGACAAUCUUUGACAUCGGGAGGCAUUUGGAGUUCAGUAUCUUGCUUGAUGACUGCAGGCACUGGGAAUCGAACCACCGUCCUACCGACUUCUGAGCCACAGAUGUAUCUUUAUUACUUUUGUCACAUGGAUCGUUUAUAUUGUGAGUUGAAUUUCACAGCGUUUAUAACUUUUUUAACCUAAUUAUGGGUUUUAUUGUCUUUGUCUUUUCUUUUCUGAUGACAUUGUGGAUGUUGUGCUACAUAAAUAAAGUUUGAUUCUCAAAA